AUGGGGGCGGCGGCGGCCGAGGCGGAUCGGACCCUCUUCGUGGGGAACCUGGACCCCAAAGUCACCGAGGAGCUCAUCUUCGAGCUCUUCCACCAGGCGGGCCCGGUAAUUAAGGUUAAAAUCCCGAAGGACAGAGACGGUAGACCCAAGCAGUUCGCGUUUGUGAAUUUCAAACACGAAGAAUCUGUCCCUUACGGACUGAGCCUGCUGAACGGGAUCAAGCUGUACGGAAGGCCCAUCAAAAUUCAGUUCCGAUCAGGGAGCAGUCACGCGUCUCAAGAGGGCAAUCCGUCUUGUUCCCCGCACGGAGCCGCCAACGCCAGCCCGUCCGGCGCGCCGCACCCGCCAUCGAACUGCAGCAGAUACGACAGGAGCCCUGACGGCGCGGCAGCCGCGGGAUUCUCGUCGGCGCAGCGGUCUCUGCCGCCGGCCGAUAACCUGCAGCGACAAGCGGUGAUGAACAGCGCGGCGUGGCAGCAGCCUCAGUUCGGGGGCAAGUACGAGCAGCCCGGCUUCGCCCUGCCUGGCUACCAGCACGCUCCUCACGCCUUUCACCCCUCGCCGGCCUCCCAAAUGCCGCGGCGCCCGGAGUUGCCGCCGACGCCGCGCAAGGGCCGGCUGAGCGCCCACCCCUACCAGCCGGACAGCAGGCGUUUCGGCCGCGAGCAGCGUUUCGGGGAGCGGGGGCCCGACUACGGCCGGGGCAAGAGGGAGGAGUACGGCUUUGACGAGAGGGGCCACGACGCCGGCGCCGAGCAUCACUACAGGGCGGGCAGAGAGGAACCGGCCUACGAAGACAGGCACCGCGACGGCUGGAGCCACAACUACGACUACCGGAGGGAGAGCUACAGAGAGGCCAAGUGGCACCCGUCGCGGCAUUAACGCCCGUUCAGCGGGCUUUAAGGAACUUGAUGGCAAAGAAAGCUCAAAUCUGUUUCUUACCGACCAUAUGUAUAAAAAAAAAAAAAAAAACAAAACCAAAACCACCCGACAAACCAACCCAAAACCCAGCCCAUCAACGUUACCUUUUAAAGUUUGUGAAACCACUA